AAACGUUUCACAGCCAAUCCAAAAAGACAGGGGCGGGAUUAAAAGUAUGAGGGAUUUCCGGGUCUUAAUAGAAGGAUGAAUGUGGGUGUGGCUCACAGCGAGGUGAACCCCAACACACGGGUUAUGAACAGUAGAGGGAUCUGGCUGGCCUAUCUGCUGCUGAUCACAGUGCUUCACAUUGUCCUCCUCAGCAUCCCUUUCUUAACCGUACCCCUUGUCUGGACCCUUACAAAUGUUAUCCAUAAUCUGGUGAUGUACUUGUUCUUGCACACUGUGAAGGGAACUCCCUUUGAGACGCCAGACCAAGGCAAAGCUCGUCUCCUCACACACUGGGAACAAAUGGACUAUGGAAUCCAGUUCACAUCUUCUCGCAAAUUCCUCACCAUCUCACCUAUUGUGCUGUAUAUUUUGGCCAGUUUCUACACCAAGUACGACCCCACACAUUUCCUGAUCAACACAGGGUCCCUCCUCAGUGUCCUCCUUCCUAAACUCCCCCAGUUCCAUGGUGUACGUAUAUUUGGGAUUAACAAGUACUGAUAUGACUGAUUGUGUUUGGAUGAUUGGUUCUAUGAACUACUCAUUACCGGUCCAGUGGCAGGAGGAGAGUUUCGGUUUGACCUGUAUGAAGGAAGUACAAGUGAUAUUUAGUUGCACAGUUUGCUGCCACUGUGGCCUAAAGCAAAUGCAACAAAAUGCACUGCUUAUUGAGGUAUGUUUGUGAUUAGGAUGUGCAAAAAGUGCCUCUGAUUUAUUUCAUUGUUUCUUUGACAUUCCUUCUGUAAAUGUGUUCAGUCUACUUUUGGUUAUAUUACAUGUAUUCAGUUUUGUUUUCUAACACAAGUAAAAUGUGAAUUGCAUCUCUUAAACAGUCAGUGUCUUGAAAUUAUAUUACCCCAGGAGAUAAUGGCAGCCUAGCCUAUCUUUUUUGUGUUGCCUUUAACAUUUUCAGUUGUGUGGUGACCAAAAUCUUAAUAAGGAUUCUAAUUAUUCGUGCAUUUAAAAGAUUAUCAUUGUGCUCAGUAAAUGUGCCUUUGUAUCUGA